AUUAAUCAACAGGUAGUUUUUUUUCAAGAUUUGUAAUUUUUAACAUUAUUUUCACCCAACUAAAUAUAAAAAAGGAAUUUUAAAGGGAACUAGCAUGUCUUUAAGUGAAGACAAUCUUGCAGGAAAUGGAGAAAUCGAUGAUAAUAUACACUUUAAUAAAAUUCCAAUUAGUGCGUUACGUCAAAAAGCCAGAAAUAUUUUAUCCUUGUCUUUAAAUCGAAUGAAAAUAAUUCCAUCUGAAAACAAAUUAUUAAGAGAUUGGAGAGGAGUUGCUGAUUUGGCUGGUUUGAGAAGUGUUUAUGGUCAAUCCAUUCAAAUGCAUUCUGAUCCUAUGGAAAAACUUUUGCAAAUUUGGUGCUCGAAAGAUAAUGAAGAAACUGCCAGUGUAGACAAUUUAAUAAAAUUUUUAGUUGAAAUCGAUCGAUGGGAUGUUCUUAGUGAUAUAAACGAAAUUUUAGUUGAAGACGCUAGAUAUUAUAAGAGUAAUGCUUCAAAAAAUAUGAAAGCAGUAAAACCAUUACAAAGUUCGGAUGAGAACGUUUUAACAGUGGAUGAUGUUUACAACGCCCAAAAAAACUUAGGUCCCCAACAUUAUGAUGCAUUUGUUUUAUUUGAUAAUUCUGAUGAAGAUUUUGUGACUGAACUAAUAAAAAGAAUGGAAGAUCAAGGUUUUAAGCUAUGCGUUAAAGACAGAGAUUUAAUUGGGGGUGUUUCAUUUGAACAUGAAGCCGUAAUGCGUUUAAUAUCAGAUAGAUGUAAUCGUUUAAUUGUGAUAUAUUCUCCUGAGUUUCUUAAAAGUAACGCCAACAAAUACUUAGUAAAUUAUGCACAAAGUUUAGGUAUAGAAAACGGACAACGAAAAAUUUUACCAUGUCUAUAUAAAUAUUGUGAUUUACCCCCAACUUUAAGAUCUAUGUGGCAUUUGGAUUACAACCGUUCAAGUAAACUUUUUGAUUUUUGGGCCAAAUUGCGUGAUUCUAUUCAAGAAACCUCUACAAAUUUACAAAGUGAAUCAAAUUGUAUCAACGUUUCUUUAAUUUCACAAAGUAAAGAAAAUAAAAUGAAAUUACAAACAUCACAAAUAAUUAACAGUGAUAAUGCGGUAGAUAUUGAUGAUUUACAUGAUUUUGUUGAAAUUAAUUCAUCUGAAAUACCAAAAUCAUACAACGAAGAAAUAGAUAUUAAGGCUUAUACACCAUUAAUAAACGAUAAAAACCAUACAAUUGCAAAUUCUAGUUCAAAAAAGACAACAAGAAAGUGGAUGAAUUUUAAAAAAUGGUUACCAAAAAAAGUUCAAUCAUCAAAAGAAUCCAAAAAUAAUGAUGAAUUCAGGGAAAAGGAUAAAUCAAAAAGAAAAUUCAAAAGACAAAAACUUGUCAGUAUAUAAAAGGGAAAUUAAUAUCAUUAUUAUAUUUAAAGAACAUUUAGAAAUUAUUGCAGAUAUAUUAUAUAUUCGCAUCAGUAAUGUUUAUUGAUGUUGAUUUUUUUAUGGAAAAUGUAGUGAUUAUAUCAUUUUAUAAUUAUAUAUAAUUAUUAACGUAUAUAUUAUAUUAAAUAAUAGUAUUCUACAAAAAUACCUAAUCUUAUGAUAUACAUAUUAAAGUAAUAUAUAAAUUUUUAU